AUGUCUGGGGACAACAGCUACGUCAACAACCUUUCGCCGCCGGUUGGGACGAGUUACGAUGAACAAGAGACCAUCAAUGUAUUCGAAAACAAGAUUCUUUCGUUCUGGGAAAACCCCAGGGGCCUUUGGAAAACUGAGCAACUGACAUGGAAUGUAGACCUGUACAAGUAUGUUACAGGAGCCAAGCCCUCAGACCCAAACUUUCGCCAGAACGGCGGUAUGAUCUAUAUCGUCAUGGUCCACGGUGGCAUCGCGAACAACCAAGAUAAUGCAAGACUGAACCAAUACGGGUAUCGGGUCACGGUGCCUUCUACCCUAAACACUGUUUUGCAUUAUCCCGCUACUGGCUCUGGGACACCCGAUGGGGCAAACUGGGACUACUCGAUUUCGUUCAAGCAGAAUAUGCCUAUGUUCAACAAUGGAGGCAAUUCACCAUUUAAUUUCCAAGCAGAGUAUCAACGGAACUUCACACGGAUCCUUGUAGAGCAGGAGGGGACCGUGACCCCAACGGGGGUUGAAUUCUCUUGGGAAUAUCAUAAAACACUUGGCCUAGGUGGAAGCUGGCCCAUCAACGGACUGACGUUAUUCAAGACUCAAGAUCCCACCAUAUUCCCUGUGACCAUGAAAUUCGAGGCAUGGGUCUAUGAACGUUUCGGAGUCAGGCCGGGAUACGAACGAUAUGUUGGCAAUGCGAGCACGGACGUGUCCGUCGACUUUAAAUUUACUGCUUAG